UCAUUGAUUUGUAUUAACAAUCAAAAAAUUCAAUGAAAGUAAACAACGAAUUUUUCACUCCCUUUUGAUAGCAGUCCACAGCAGAGUUACAAACCGCUUUGAAAUACCGUCAGGACCAUUAAAAAUAAUUCUUUCACAUUUACAUAAAAGCCAAAGCGGGCGGCAAUAACGAAAACGUUGACUUUGACCAGCGACCAUUCCAAGAAGAGAACUUUGAAAGCGGUUCGACAGGCAGCGACGAUCGUGUGUAAAAAGAAAGUAGGUAACUGAGGCAGAGCCAGAGACAGAGAGAGGCAGCAAACAUAAACAAAGUGCGAGCCAAAGAACAGCGCAAAAGUUGUUUCCCUCUUCGCCUUCUUCUUUUGAGUCUCUCUCGGACCUUUUUCUGGAAACCUGACGUGGACAAAGCGCAGGCGUAGCAGAAUUCCGCAAGAGAGAGCGCCACUGGAACUGGAACUGUCAGGAACGCAACAGAGGCCCACCAUACCUUUUCUCUAAUAUACCUCAAGACAGUGUGAGAGAGAGAGAGAGUGGAGAGUGCAGCUUAAGAAGUGUUACAAACUGGCGCAGCGCCUCACAAGAAAGAAAGUUUUCAACUGUGCUGGCUGUCUCCUCCGAUCUCGAAGCUCCAAGCUCCAAUCUGCAAUCUCCAGUAGCAGCAGCAGCAGAACCACCAUCCAAUCCAGCAGUCAUCCAAUUUAGCAGUCCGUGUGCGCAGUGAAGCGUCGCUCGCUUCGUCGUCGUCUUGGUUUUGGUCUCCGACUUGGCUUAAUUGGCCCAAAAGUAUCUCAAGUGUGUGAUUGUGAAAGUUCCUGCCCGUCCAACAAAAAUGUACGUGAAACGAGUGCUGCUCUUCGCGGCGCUGUUGUGCGCCCAGCCCUAUGGCCAGAUGGCCAGUGAGGAUGAGUCCAAUCCGCUUCUGGACAUGGCCUCCAUGUUCUUCCAGGAGGCGCUGUCCAACCAGAACGGCGGCGCCGACAGAGGAGCAGGUGGCGCUGGAGCCGGACUGGCAGGCGUCGCCUCGCUCAUAGGCACAUUCAUGCAGGCCAAUGGCAAAUCCGGCGGUGGAGGAGGUGGUGGCGGUGGAGCCAUGCAAAUCCUGUCCGGUCUGGGCAGCCUGCUGGCCAACAAUGCCCGUGGGAAUGGUGGCGGCGGCGGCGGUGGCUUCGAUCCGUCCAUCAUUGGCAAUGUCCUGGAAAUGUUCACCCAAGGCGAUGACGACGAGUCCGGCGCCGACCAGAAGCGCAACAAUGGCGGAGGAUCCGAGUCGGGCAUUGGACUGGACACCAUUCUCCAGGUGGCCUCCGCAUUCAUGAACAACCAGGGAGGCGGCGACAACAAGGCACAGGCCUCCCAUCACCAGCAGAAGCGUUCGGCCUCCCAGGAACCCGAGUCCGAGAACGGUCUGAUGAGCCUUCUGCCCCUGGUCAUGCAGGCCGUCAGCUCAUUCGCCGGCCCCGAAGGUCAGAGCACUCAGGAACGUCACAAGAGCCAUGCCUGGGUGCUGCCGCCCUUCCUAGAGCACAUCCACGUGCUGUGGGAUCACUUCUCCAAUUCGGAACUGGCCGAUGCCCUCUACGAGAAGUCGGGCGUCAACAAAAUCAUGAAGGGCUUCAAGGGCAGCGAUGGAAAGCUGGACUACGACAAGCUCUUUGAAUCGCUGAACAACCAAUCCUUCCGCCGGCGCUGGAUCAAGUCGGCGACGCUGUACCUGGCCGACUGGGCCAGCUAUCUGGCCAAUCCCGAUGUCUAUCUCAGAUAUUUCCAGACGGCGCAGAUCAUGUUCAACGGGGUGCUGAAGUCUCAAGGUUACCCCAAGCAGACGCACUUCGAUCCGGCCCGGCCCAGUGAGACCAUCUCCAACCUGCUGGACCACGUGGCCAAGCACCACCUCAGCGUGAAGAUCGAUUCCCGGCAGUAUGUGAAGCCGGCGGUGGGCUAUGCCAAGGAACUGCUCAAGCUCGGCCAGGCCCGCGGCCUGCUGCAGUUCAACGCCACGGAGAUCAGCGAUAAGCUAACGGAUACGCUCAAUCUGGAGGUUAUCGAACCGGUGCUAAAAGUACACCGCGCCUACAGAUACAUCUCGAAGACGCCGCAAUGCGAUCGCUAUGUGCUCUGCCAGCUGAAUGCAGCCGCUCUUGACCAGCAGCAGAAGCAGAAAUCCCAGCAACAGCAGCAACAGCAGCAGCAGCAGAACCAGCAGCAGUCCAAGAAGCAGGAGGCGACGACAGCGUCUGGUCUGAUUGCCGGAGUUAGUCCGAAAAUCGUCAAGAUCGGCAGCAUGGGUGCAGCCAUCUUCAUUAGCACGGAAACCGGUACACCGUUCUGGACGCUAUUCGGUGUAAUCAAUGCGCCAUAUAAUUGCGAGGCCAAAUAUCCAGUCGACUGCAAUGGCUUCCAUGAGGGCGAGGCCAAGGUGACCACGGAGUACAUACACAAUGAGUUGUAGUUUGCCCCCAGGAGGAUGCCGCCAGUGUCCA